AUGAGGGACUUAAGGAAAGGUUUGAGAGGACAGAUUGGUUUGGGAUUAGGUGUACUUGAAAGGUUGGUAAGAUAUUCUCAAGUUUCUGGUGACCAAUUAGAAAGUAGGGUUUGGGCUGAGGCUCAGGCUUCCUGGCCUGGUGGUGACACAAUUUUGGGGAAGAUCAUUCACAAGGAAAUUCCAGCCAAAAUCAUUUAUGAGGAUGACCAAUGUCUCGCUUUCCAUGACAUUUCCCCUCAAGCACCAACACAUUUUCUGGUGAUACCCAAGAAACAUAUAUCCCAGAUUUCUGCAGCAGAAGAUAAUGGUGAAAGUCUUCUUGGACAUUUAAUGAUUGUUGGCAAGAAAUGUGCUGCUGAUCUGGGCCUGAAGAAGGGUUAUAAAAUGGUGGUGAAUGAAGGUUCAGAUGGGGGACAGUCUGUCUAUCGUGUUCAUCUCCAUGUUCUUGGAGGUCGGCAGAUGAAUUGGCCUCCUGGUUAA